AUGGAAAGCCCUGGGGAGCUGCUGGGUUCUUCUUUUGUGGUUUUGCUGCAGCAGCCUUUGCUGCUGCAGGAGGCCCUUGCCACGAGGGCGCUGCUGCUGCUGCUGCAGCGGGACGGAAGCCUGCAGGGGCUGCUGCGGCAGCUGAAGCGCCUGAUGCUGUUCGGCUCGACACACGUCGUGCAGGAGUUCCGGGUGCUGCUGCUGCAGCGGCUGCAGCAGCAUGCAGCAGAGCAGCAGCAGCAGACUUGUGCUCCUGCUGCUGCUGCUGCUGCUCCUGCUGCUGCUGCUGCUGCUCAGGGAUCCCUCUGCAGCGACGUGGAGCAGCUGCUGCAGGGGGCUCUAGGAGCCCUGCCAAGCAGCAGCACAGCAGCCCAGCAGCAGCAGCAGCAGCAGCAGCAGCAGCAGCAGCAGCAGGUUUUGCAUUUCACUUGCAGCAUGCAGUCAAGCGUAGCAGCUGUGACACAAGCAACAGCAGCAGCAGCAGCAGACACAGCAGCAGCAGCAGCAGCAGAGGCAGCAGUGCUGCUGAGCGGUCUUCGUAUACUGCCUGAAGCCGCUCCGCCACUGCAGCUUUUUCUUACCCCGCCUGUGCAAGAACGGUACUCCUCCAUUUUUGUUUUCCUUCUUCGUCUCGACGCGGCUUUGGCAGCGCUGGCGGACUGCUGGGUGCUGCGUCGACAGCAGCAGCAGCAGCAGCAGCAGCAGCAGCAGCAGCAGCAGCAGCAAUUUGCUGCUAGGGCAGCCCAGCUGCAGCAAAGGCUGCAGCACUUUCUGCGGGCCGUUUUCGAUUUUGCACUCACUGACGCCAUCGAAGCAGAAUGGACCGGCUUUCAGGGACACGUAGCAGCAGCAGCAGCAGCAGCAGCAGCAGGGGAAACCGGAGCAGCAGCAGCAGCAGCAGCAGCAGCAGCAAGAAAAAAUAGCCUGAGCUUCUUUGCACUCGUUGAGGCCCACGCCCGUUGUGCAGAAAAUGUUUACACCAGGUCGGUGAGAUGA